CAAGCAAAGCAUGCCAACCCAAAAACACAUAGUAAUGCUGCCAUACAUGGCACAUGGCCAUCUCAUCCCCAUGUUCCACUUAGCAAAGCUCAUUGAACAAAGAUACCCAGAUCACACCAUCACCAUUGUCAACACUCCUCUCAACAUCCAAAGGCUUCAAUCUUCACUCCCUCCAAACUCCAACAUCCAUCUCAUAGACCUCCCUUUCUCAAGCUCCAACCAUGGUCUCCCUCCCAACUCUGAGAACACUCGCUCCCUGCCAGCUCACCAAAAACCUCUCCUCUUAUUCACCACUGAGUCAUUUGAACCUCAUUUCAACCUUCUCAUCACCAACAUGAUCAAAGAUGAUCAUUGUCCAGUUUGCAUCAUUGCUGAUCUCUUCUAUGGUUGGACUGUAAACACUGCAAAAAUUCACAAUAUCUUCCAUGCUACCUACAUGCCUACAGGAGCAAUUGGCUCUGCGUUCUUGUUCUCUAUGAUGAAGCAUCUCCCACACACCAAGACAGAGGCCAUGGAGUUCAAUCUCCCCGGCUUCCCGUCAUCUUUCCGUCUUCACCGAACUCAGCUUCCAGGUCCUUUGAGAUCUGAUGAUGGUUCUGAUGAAGUGUCUAUCUUUUUCCGAAAGAAAAUAGAGCUCUCAUCCCUUUCUGACGCAUUUCUUUGCAACACUGUGAAGGAGGUUGAAACCCUGGGGUUGCAGGCUCUCCGGUGGAACGCCGGGGAUGUUCCUGUGUAUCCCGUCGGCCCUCUAGUUCCACUUGAAGGGCUAAUUACCGGAAAAAGGUUAGGGGAAGAGUUUGAGUCUUGUGUUCAAUGGCUUGGUAGUCGGUCUCCUUGUUCAGUCAUCUACAUAUUGUUUGGCUCAGAGAACAACAUAUCAGCAUCUCAAAUGAUGGCACUUGCAGAGGGGUUGGAGACCAGUGGCAAACCUUUCAUUUGGGUGAUCAGACCACCACAUGGGUUUCCCAUGGAUGGAGAAUUUAGCGAGGAGUGGUUGCCGGAUGGAUUAGAAGAAAGAUUGAGAGUUAGUGGACAGGGUUUGUUAGUGAAGACCUGGGCUCCUCACCUUGAGAUACUGGGACACAAGUCCACUGGAGUGUUUAUUAAUCAUUGUGGAAAUAAUUCGUUGCUGGAGAGCUUAAGUCGGGGAGUGCCAAUCAUCAGUUGGCCGUUGGUUUAUGAUCAAUUUUGCGUGUCAAAGAUGAUGGUUGAGGAGUUGGGUGUAUGUGUGGAGCUUGCUAGUGGUGUGGAGGAUGAAGUUGAGAGUGUGGAGGUUGAGAGGGUGAUUGGAUUGGUUUUGGAUGGAGAGAAGGGGAAGGAGAUGAAGAAGAAGGCUUUGAAAUGCAUGGAGAUGAUGAGAGAAGCCAUGAAAGAUAAUGGAGAAGUGAAGGGAUCUUCGCUCAUUGCUCUUGAUGAUUUUAUCAAGUGUGUAUCGGUUAAGUGUUCUACCGAUUAAAGGUAGAAGUUGGUGAAAAUGCAGGCUUACGUGUUUCAUCUACUCUAAUGAUAAUAAAUAAGAUUAAAGGUGGUAAUUGGUGAAGAUGCGGAGUUAUGUGGUUCAUCUACUUUAAUGAUAAUAAAUAAGAGAACGGUGUGCUAAUAUUAUCGAUGGAAUUGUGUCCUCUUGUAUGUUCAUCAAACUGUGUAUGUAUGUGAGCUGCAACUUCAUUUUUUUUUAUAUUAUUAAUUAAACGCUUAAAUA